AUCCAUGACUUCGGUGACCUCGGUACCUUUGGGAAGCUAGUGCAAGCCUCACACACCCCUCCCACCAUUUCUGCAAUCGUUUCAACCACCAGUAGUCGGUGGUUCGUCAGAUUAGCGGCUAAUCUGUUCAUUCAGGCUAGCUCAUUCUUAAUCGGCCCUUACAAACUCGAAUUGGACAGUUGAAUUGUGGAGCUCUUGGGUGUCAUAAGUCGUCAAGUGUUAGCGUCUUUGCAUAAGCACCGCCGUCACCACUGCUAAAACGGCGUGCUGUUUUGACUGGUUAGCUCUGGACAGCGGGAUUCCCUUUCUCGUUGGCCGUUCGUUGGCGCAUCGUAAAUAGUCUUGGCUUAACGCGGUAUCCGUUGGUUGAGCGAGAAUGGUUCAGUACGGACGGUAUAUACUUUCGCAUCGACUACCAGGAUGGGAACCAUAUUACCUCAACUAUAAGUCUCUCAAGAAGGAGAUCAGAGCCUAUGAAGCCGCCGUGGCUGCGGGAGUCACGGAGGAGCUUCAGCAGGACAUGGCGUGCCGCUUCUCAGAGCAUCUCGACUCGCAGAUGGAGAAGGUGGUGCUGUUCUUCCUGCAGCAGCAGGGCGUGCUGGCGGGUAAGCUCCAGCGGCUGCGGGAGCUGAGGGAGGGCUCCAACACGCGGGGGGACGAGUCCAGCCUCGCGAUCCUCAUGCCGACCGACUUCGCUGACAUGAUGGAGCAGUACAGGGACGUGGGGCGGGAGCUGCUGCAGCUGCUGCAAUUCGUGGAGCUGAACGCCACAGGGCUGCGCAAGAUCCUGAAGAAGUUUGACCGGCGCGUGGGCGUGCGGCUGGGGCAGCGCUACAUUGCCUCGCGCACCCUGCACCCGUACUCGCACCUGCAGCAGAUCUUUCGACAAGUGGGCCUGGGCGCCAUGGUGGGGACGAUCAUCCGCAACCUGGACGAGCUGCACCGCCGAGAGCGCUGCUAUGCCUCGCCGUCCAAUCUCAUCUCGCCCCGUGGCAGUCUCGUCUCGCCACGUGGCUCUUUUCGGCGGACGUCCUUCUCCCUCUUCAGACAAGGGGACGAGUCCCCCGUGUACGUGGCUCAGGAGGAGCCAAUCAUUCAGGAGAUAGAGGCGGCGCGCGCCAAGCUGACGGACGCAGUGAGCUACGACACCUUUGUGGCCAAGGGGCUGCUGCUGCCGCCUGCGCCGGAGAGGGGCCCCGAGGCAGCGGAGCCGGAGUUCCACUGGUGGUCGCUGCAGCUCAACCAGUUCAACACGUUCCUCUACAUGGUCAACUACUACAUCAUCGUGCCCACAUCAGACGAGUACGCCAUUCUGCUCUCCGCGCCGCCUGCUCUCUGCGGCAUCAUCAUCGGCGCCACGCCGCUCUGUGCGCUCGUCUCUGCGUUCGUCUUCAGCAAGUGGUCCAACACCUCCUACUCGCAGCCGCUGGUGAUUUCCACGCUAGUGCUGCUCCUGGGGAACUUCACAUACGCUACUGCUCUGGACUUCCGGUCGGUGGCGCUGCUGCUGAUCGGCCGAUCUCUCACGGGCCUGGGAGGAGUGAGGGCCAUCAACCGGCGCUACAUCUCAGACCACGUGCCCUCCUCCCAACGAACCUCCGCCUCAGCCGGGUUUGUCAGCGCUGGCGCGCUGGGCAUGGCAGCAGGGCCCUUCGCUGCAUCCCUCAUCGACUUCCUCAACUUCAAAUUCCUCGGCUUCACAGUCAACUCCGUCACCUCCCCCGGCUGGCUCAUGGUGCUCAUGUGGCUGAUCUACCUCGCGUGCGUGGUUCUGUUCUUCAAGGAACCGGAUCGGUCGCAUCUGCAGCAGCCGCCGCCGCCGCUGGGGAAGAGGGAGAAGUCGGCUGGGGAGCUCAAGAGGGGGAAGUCGGCAGGGGAGCUUAAGAGGGAGAAAUCGGCAGGGGGGUUUAAGAGGGGGAAGUCGGCAGCUGAUCUUCAAAGCGACGCUUCUAGAGAGGCGCUGCUGGGAGGUUGUAGGGGAGCGUCGUGUGGAGGCAGGGAUGCGGGUGGGGAUGGGAACAGGAGAGGGGACGGGGAUAGGGAUGGAGUUGUGGUUAUGGACGGAGUUGGGGGAAGUGUGGUGACUGCUGCAUCGCCUGCUGAUAGGUCUUCUGGGAUCGAGAAUGGAGAGAUAGGAGCAGUGGGAGGGGGCGUGGCAGGGAGCACGAAGUGGGGAGGGGCAUGGGGAGCAGCGGCAGGGGUUGGGGCAGGUGCCGGAGAGAGAAGAGGGGUUGUGAGCAGUUUGAUUGAGCCUUUGCUGGGUAGGACGGCAGCAGCAGGCGCAGCAGGAAUAGCAGCAGCAGCAGCAAGAAUCACAGGAACAGUAGCAGCAGCAGAGGCAGGAGCAGCAGCAGCCGCAGGAAUCACAGGAGCAGUGGCAGCAGCAGAGGCAGGAGCAGCAGCAGCAGCAGGAAUCACAGGAGCAGUGGCAGCAGCAGAGGCAGGAGCAGCAGCAAAACCACCACCAGUGCUGCUAACAGCAUUGUCUAACGAGAGUGACGCCCAAACGUGGCUGCAUUUAGCAUCUCUGCCAGACAUUGACGAUGGGGAGGAGGAGGAGGAGGAGGAUGAUGAUGGUGCAUCGUCCACUGGGGCCGUGGAGACGCUUCCAGAGCUGAUGAAGGAGCUGUCCCGUCCCAUCUCGGUCCUCCUCUUCAUGUACUUCAUGAUCAAAUUCGCCACCGAGGUGCUUAUAUCGGAGUCCAGCCUUGUCUCCAAGUUCUAUUUCCAAUGGACCAUCAACGAUAUUGGCUGGUUUCUUGGUCUGCUGGGCCUCACCGUUCUCCCCAUAAGCUCAGUGGUCGGAAACUACAUCACCAACAUAUAUGAGGACAGGCUGGUGAUCAUGUGGACGCAGCUGCUGAUCGCCGUGGGGGUGGUGGCGGUGAUGUGUUUCGCCCCCAUCAUCAAGUACACCACACAGCAAUACAUCGUUGCUGCCGUCAUCAUCUUCGUCUCCUGCAACGUGCUCGAAGGGGUUUCGCUUGCACUAAUGUCGCGCAUCAUGUCUCCACGCUUGGCAAGAGGAACGUUCAAUUGUGGGCUUCUGUCGACCGAGGCUGGCACUUUUGCCCGUGUGGUGGGCGACGGCCUCAUCACCCUUGUCGGGUACUAUGGCACACAUCUAGUCCUCAAUCUCACAAUGAUCCCUGUCCUAAUCUCUGUCCUCGUGUCUUUAGUUGCCACGAGGUGGGUGUACUAUGCAUUGUACUAGCAUUUUUUGCUGCUAGUCACUAAUGUUCAAUUCAAUGGUAAAGUAAUAUGUGACGUGAAAUUAGCAUCCACGCGCAAUAUGUUGGAGGCCGACAUAAGAAUUCAACCAGGGCCUCAGAUUUCAGGAUGUUUUAUCCUGAAUUCCUGAUUUUCAGGAUGGAAGUUAGGUGCCAGUCCUGAGUUUUCAGUUUGAUCCCAUUUCUCACCCUGUAAUUUUAGUUGA